UCCUCUACUACUUCCUCUACUACUUUCCCUUCUACUUUCUAUACUACUUCCUCUACUACUUCCCCUACUACUUCCCCAACUACUUCUUCCUCUGCUACUUCCUCUACUACUUCCCCAACUACUUUCUUUACUACUUCCUCUACUACUUCCUCUACUACUUUCCCAUCUACUUUCUUUACUACUUCCUCUACUUCCUCUACUGCCGGCUGCUUCAUCUCCUCUCCACCAGAAACUGACACACUAAGUCGACUCAACAAUUGCAUGAACUUCAAGUCCCAAUUAGGGCGAUAA